UCUCAGUCGAGUAAGAAGCCGGAAAAAGUGUCGUACAGCAACGCAAUAUAAACAAAGAACACCGGGACGAGGCGAUGAGAGGGGCGUCUAUUGACAUCACAAUGGGGACAUUGACUGCCAUAACCCUAGGCCUAGUGUUUCUGGUGUUGGGAGUUCAGUCAAAGGACAAUACAUGGGGAGGCCUCUAUCCUCGGGAAUCUGCGAGUCGGGAAGUGCGUUCCCUAGAUGGGUUGUGGAACUUCAGGCUUUCACCACUGCAGGACCCAGAUAAAGGUUUCCGAGAGGAGUGGUAUGCCCAGCCCCUCAGCAAGACUGGUUCAGUGAUAUCAAUGGCUGUUCCCAGCAGCUACAAUGAUGUGACGCAGGACAAGGCACUUCGAGACCACAUUGGCUGGGCAUGGUAUGAUCGUAAAUUCUUCGUGCCUACAAGAUGGCAGACAGACAAGCUAAGAGUUGUGUUACGUCUUGGAUCUGCUCACUAUAAUUCAAUUGUUUACCUCAAUGGCAUUUCUCUGACCUCACAUGAGGGAGGCCACCUUCCCAUUAUGGCAGAGAUAACCUCUGGUGUGGUGUAUGGGAAGGAGAACCUCAUCACUGUGGCCAUCAACAAUACACUCACGCCAGAAACCAUACCCCAGGGCAGCAUUACAUAUCACACCGAUCAAACAAGAUAUCCUCCGGGAUACUUUACACAGUCAUACAACUUCGACUUCACAAACUAUGCUGGUCUGCACCGUCCCGUCUAUAUUUACACAACACCACAGACGUAUGUUGAUGACAUCUCGGUGACCACAGAUAUUAAUGGUACAGAUGGCAUCAUCACCUACAGUAUAACGUAUGCCACAAACCCGAAUAGAUCAAAGAAAGCCAAAAGUGUUGGCUGUUCCAUAAAGCUGCUCAAUCAAGAAGGGAACCAUGUUACAAGUGCCAUGGGUUGUGCUGGGUCUAUUUUGGUAUCAAACGCAAGUCUCUGGUGGCCCUACCUCAUGUCUGACAACCCAGGAUACUUGUACACACUCGUGGUGGCAGUGUCGGAUGAUGCAGGCAACUUGGAUAUGUACCCACAGAAAGUAGGAAUUCGUACCGUUGGCUGGAACUCUACCACCCUCACCAUCAACAACAAACCGGUGUACCUCCGAGGCUGUGGGAAACAUGAAGAUUCCGAUAUUCGAGGGAAGGGUGUAGACUAUGCACUCAUUGUAAAGGACUUUAGUUUGUUGAAGUGGCUGGGAGCAAACAGCUUUCGUACUUCUCACUAUCCCUAUGCCGAGGAGAUUAUGGACAUGGCUGAUCAGGAAGGCAUUAUGAUUGUGGAUGAAAGUCCAGCUGUGGGUCUCAGUGGUUUUGGUGAAGUGCUCAUGAAUAAGCACAUAUCUGUAAUGCAAGAGAUGGUGCAUCGUGACAAGAACCGGCCCAGCGUCAUCAUGUGGAGUGUCGGCAACGAGCCCCAGUCAAAUCAGAACGCAUCCAAGGAAUAUUUCAGCAAUGUGGUAAAUGCAACCAAAGCUGCUGAUCCGACUCGUCCUGUCACUUGUGUUCUGUCUUAUGACAAGAAAUCAGAACAUGCUGCGAGCAGUAUUGACGUGAUCCUCGUCAACCGGUACUACUCGUGGUACAGCGAUACUGGCCACUUGGAACUCAUCAAGUUGCAGACCGUCACCGAGUUCACAGAGUGGCACGCGCUCCACAAUAAACCAGUCAUGAUAUCGGAGUAUGGGGCUGGUUCCGUUCCCGGUUUGCACACUGAUCCAGCAUUCACAUGGUCCGAAGAGUAUCAGGCCGAGCUGAUGAUCCAAAACUUUGAAGCAUUCGAUGAGCUACGCAGCAAAGGGUUCUUCAUUGGGGAGAUGAUCUGGAACUUUGCUGACUUUGCUACUCCACAGGAAUACAACCGGCCUGGUGCUUGCAUGAAGGGCCUCUUCACAAGAGCUCGACAGCCCAAAAUGGCCGGCCAUUUGAUGCGAUUACAUUACUGGUCACUGGCACAUAAGCUUGAUAAUGCUACCAUUCCUGAAGAUACAGGCAGGCUUACAUUUGCCUUGAAUUUAUAGUCAUUUCAGUUAAUAUUGUAGUACGAGAACAACAGCAGGAUAUAAUUUACAUUUGAAUUUUCUGAGGUCAUCUGUAUGAAUUUUCAUAAAUUUUGUAAUCAGUUUUCAUGAUUCGCAUGAGUGAAUAUGACUUUUUCAUGGCAUGAGGUCAUUGGUGAUAUGUACACACAGUUUGUGUAGUCAGUGGUUAGAGGUACACGAACCUUUGCUCAACUCCCAGACAAGAAGCAUUAAAUCAGGGUGGAUAGGCUAUGUGCCCCGGCAGGAUCACAUCCUGUAUGUUACUUAAACCUGUCUUCUAUUCCUGUGGCUAAAAGAUGAGGCUUUGCAAGCGUCUCACAACUGUCUGCUUAAACACUAUUACCUCAAGCAUUGAAAAUGUAGCGUUUCAAAGGAUGUAGUUGUACAAGUGGUUGGGUACACUACUGCAGAUAAUUUACUAGUGUUGAGGCUACAUUAUGAUGUGUUGUAUGCAAAAUUGGCUGGAUACUUUAAAUACCUUAAAUGCUUUUUUCAUAUUGCAACAUGAAUAUUUUAUAUUUCCUAUGGAUUGAUUUGAUGCCUUCCUACCCCAAGAACAGUGGAAAUUGGGUAGUUAUCAUGUAAUGAUGUAUUAUCUAAAUGACAUUGGCUGUGUAAUAAUUGUGACGUAGCUUAAUAUAUUCAAUUUACUUGAGGUAUGCAUUCUUGGAGAACCUCAUGCAGAGUGAAUUAGCAGCCCCACACACUUCCACUAUUCUCCAUAAAAUAUUUACCUGAAUAUUUUUACUUGCCAGGUAAUUCUCUUACCCUAAUCCAGCCAUCUAUCCAGUACAUUAUGAAUUGCAGAACAUUUGAAAGCUGCCAUGAUACAAGAGAGUAAUCGUAAAGUGUAUUAAGUUGGAAAUUGAGGACUCUUGGAUCGGAACUUUUUGGUUGCAUUAGCCUUUUAUUAAUCAGUUUUGGUUUUGACAUUAGAAACAAUUAUACGCGUGAAUUUGCAUUCUCUGAAUUCACACACAAGUCCAUUUAAACUGAGCGAAUGUUUUGAUUUUUGUUAAUGGGUACACCUAGUGAGGAUGUUGUAGGGAAUGAUUAGGCUUUUUCCCUUUCUCCCUUCCCUGUUCUAAUUGCACCAACAGACGUAAUAUGUAUGAUGUGAUGUUCCCAAUUGUCCAUGAUUCUCUUUUUUUAUAGUGUCCUCGUAGCAUUACUUAAUUUUCUAUGUUGGUAUACAGUUUUAAUCUCUUCAUACUGAUCUACUUUAUAUUUAGUCAUCCAUUGCACUUAUUUUUUCCAUUGCUGACGAGAGAAUUUGGAAAAAGUAUCUCCACGAACACGUGAAAGUGGAUGAAUCCAAGAAUCCUUAUUCAUGAGCAAGGAUAAGGAGCGUAUUGGACUAUAAGAGAGCUUAACUGAUUUGAGAGAUUUUUAUGUAAUCAGGCUUUACAUAUGAUUAAAUUAUUUACAAAGCAUAUUUAAUGGUGUUAAAUAAGUAUUAUUAAAAAAUAAAAAAUACUGAAUACAGUAUACAUGUCUACAAAUUAAAAUUCAUUUUUGCAUACUUUACUCACCUAAAAUUUUAAAUUACAGAAUAAUUCAUAAACACAUUUAUAGUCACAUUUCAUGCUUAUAUGUCUGCUUAUAUAUGAAUCUGUAUAAAAAUUGAAAAUACAACAAAAUUUAUUUGAUAUACAGUAUACUGUACUUGCUAAUGGCAGUACACCUGUAUUUAACAAAUGUAAUCUUCAGCAAAAUACUGUAUUAAUACAAAUAUGAACAUUAGAUUUUUAUACAGUACUGUAGUUUAUUUGAUUUAAAAAAUAGCUAUCACCACUGUAAUAAAACUAACAAAAGCACAAAUAUUGUUAAAUGUGAAACGGUAUAUAUUGCAACAUUUAUUUAGUUAUUUAUUUGUUAUAUUUUCAUGCAUUUGUGAAACUUAAUUGUGAUAUAUCUGAAUAUUGUAAUUGUUUAUUACUAUAAAGCUACACUAUUAGUUGGCAGACAUUUUCAAUAAAAUCUUAGGUUAAUGUUUUCCAUGUUUAUACAAUUAAAAAAAAGUUAUAUACUGUUC